AUGGUGCCCCAGUGGGACCAGAGGGCUGUCGAAGAGGGACAGCGGCAAAGACACGUGGACGUCUCAGAUGACCUGGAGGACUCAUCGUCCUGUCAGCAUUCUGGAUCUGAAGAGGUGAGAAAAAGAAAAAGUUUUAAGAGUUUUUCAACAGUUGUGCACACAUUUCCCCACUCUUUUCUUGUAGCAUGUCAUUCUUUAAAAGCUUUUCUGCUGUUGCCAGACUGUCUCCAGGAGACAACCUGAAGUCACUGACAUCCAGGUGAAGUAUGCUGGGAAUGACCGGUUGCGCAGCCUUUCCAAACAUUCACUGGCGUCGGUAUCCAAUCAAAACAGAUUCCGACAUAUUUUCUGGAAACAUGGAAACAGCAGUGACAGUCACGAGGAUGAUAUUGAUACAUUCUCAGCUCCUCACCAACAGCUUUCGGACAGCAGGAACGACAACAGACGGACACUGGAGAUGAGUCAGCUGCAGAGACGUGGCAAACACACCAAGCCGUUUGCCAAGAAAACUCUUCUUCUUCCUGCUCGUCUUUUUUAG